GGUGAGCUGGGUGCAAGCCCGGCGCGCUCGGCUCGGCAAACCCCGGCCCGCCGCCAGGUGAUUCGGCCUCUGCUCCGCGCCUCGCAGCAGCUGGGCUGAGGGGGAGCGUCCCGGCGCUGGCCGCCCCAGCGGGCGAAAAUCUCCCGUGCCUUGGGAGGUGGCGCCUGGGCCACAGCGGAGGCGCCCCUGCCGCUGCUCACCCGCCCUAGACGCCGAGACUUCUCCCCGAGGCCCGGGUGUUAGUGCGGGAUCCCCGCGGCGUCCGGGCAGUUCUUAUCCCUGCUCGCUGAGCCGCCGCGCAAACUGCAUCUUUGCGGCGCCGCGACAAUCUCCCAAACUUCCGUGGAACUGUCCCUCUGCCUCGCUGGCUCCUCAGCCGGGAGAUGGCAGCACUGCGCCAGACCAUGCUGAAUGACAUCGUAGAAAGAAAGGAUCAAAUGUAUGGUAUAGACAAUGGAUUCAAGUCCCUGGAAGACAUUGUUAACUUGCUGGUGGUAAAUUCCUGUCAUGAAGUCAUGGCUGGGGAGAGUUAUUUUGUCUGUGUAAGAGAUAGAAAAGCGCUUGAAGUAACGGGAAGAAAUAUAAUGUGCCCUGGACAUAUAAUUGAGACAGACGAACAGGGAGGUAACAUCAGCUUCACCCCAGCGAAGCCGCUCUGCAAGCAGUUGCCCUGCAGCUCAAAGAUCAACCUUCCACCCAACAAGGAGUGCUUUCCCCUCAACAGCUGCUGCUCAUGGAGUGGACAGGAAGAUGAGCUAAGAGACAUCAAGAUGUAUCUGGUGAGGUCAGGGCAGUCAGAAUGGAGACGAUGUGUGAGCCUUUCCACUUUGGACACAAGGGCAUGGGGAUGGAACACCCCAGAUCCACCACUCACAUGACCACCCAGACACCAUUGGGAAAGGCCAUGGCAUCUACUACCUUCUUCAGAAAUGUUAGUUCCCUUUCCAUACCCUUAGUAUUUCUCAUGAUACAAAGGAAAACUAUGGUACCCACUUUCCUGAGCUUUAAAAUCUGCUUCCCUCUUGACAGAGGCAGACCUCCCAAUUGUUCAAAUCGUUCCUCAGUAAGACUUUGUUGACCUCAUCAACAUUUUUCUUCCACACUAACAUGUUUGAAGACUAUCCAUAGACAAGACUCCAUUUGGAAAAUCCCAGAACAUGGGAGUGAGGUUAAAGCAUCUCCCUGGACCACAGUGUCUGAGAAGGGUAGGAGAAAUGACUACACUCUGACCUCACCGCGCCCAUCCCAGGAUGUCACUGCACUGCAAUGAGAGGGCUAAGUUGUCCUAAAGUGGACAUCUAGCCUUUUCCAGCUUUAGGGGACAUUCCCAGGAGGCCCACUCUGGUCUCUCCUUACCAGAAUCAAAGGUGAAAGCUGCAGGGAUUGAGUGUGGAAUUGGAUUGAGAUGGAAAAGACAGGCAGGUCUUACAGCAACCAGUGUUCAGGUAUUGGCAGACUGUUCCUCUUCUUGGUGGUCCCUGAAUAGAGACCUCAGCCAGUGGUUCUGCCCACCACAGAGCCAAGCCAAUGGUCCCAUCUAGCCAAGGAACUUUUGGGCAGUUCCUCCUAAUUCAGGUCUCCAGCCAACAAGUCAUGCAGCCCGUGGAGUCUGUUGUAGCCCUUUACCCAGUCAGGGAAGCAAAUUUCUAUCCCCAUCUACUGACGAAUAUAGCCCCCAAUUCUUGAUCAGAAAGCCUAACUAGAAUACCUGAAAGGCACAUAGCCCAACCUAUUGCACGGCUUACAGUGGCAUCCAAGCAAAGAACACAACCAGCAGCUCUUCCCAACUGCAGAACCAAGGUGAUGGCUCUAUCUGGCCAGAGAACUUGGUGGGCAGUUCUGCCUGAUUUUUGCCCCUAACCAAUGAACCAUGCUGGCCUUGGAAUCUGUUCUGCUGUCCUGCGUAGGUAAGGAAAUGGGUUUAUGGCUCCACAUACUAUUGAGUAGAGCAUGAGGAAGCCUGACCAGAGAACUGGGGCAACUAUAGAGCCCAUUCUACAAGCAUGCUCAGGCAUGGAAUCAAGAAAGCAGUGCCAUCCAGCUGUUCCCAGCCAGUGUCACCCCACUGACAUCUUAGCUUGGAUAGUGGUCUCACCCAAAUAGAAAGCUCAAUAGCAAGCCCCACUUAUUCAAUACACUGUCAAAUGACCCUUGCAGAACCCCAAGCUGAGUUGACUAGUGAAGAACUAUCUCUGCCAGAGCAAACUUGUAAAGUCAGGACAAGGAGAUUGCUGAGUCAAAUGUGCACAUACCAACACAACACAUCAAGAAUCACAAUCAGAUACAUAUGACACAAUGAAAAGAAACUAAUAAAGUUCCAAUAACUGAACCUAAAGAAAUGGAGAUUGAACUUUCUGACAGUUCAGAAUGAUCCUCUUAAAGAAUUUUAGUGAACUACAUGAACACACAGACACAAAACUAAACAAAAUUAGUGAAACAAUGCAUGAACCAAAUGAGGUCAACAAAGAAGUAGAAACAGAGGCCUCACUGAGGUGGUCAGGAGGCCAGCAGGGGAAGUUCUCAGGCCCUACCUCUCACCAUCAGUUGCAGACUCCACAGGAAGAGACCUACCUUGCAAGACCACAAUACUUUAGCUAGUACACGACAGGAGGACAAAACGUUUCCUCCUGCUCCAGCAACAGCCCUGCCAAUGAGAGAGUGUCUCAACUCAGCCAAGGAAAACUCACUAUACUUCAGACUCUCAGUUUUUUCCAGUGAUUUUUUGUUCAUAAUAGCCCUCCCAACUUCCAUCUUCCUCUGUAAAAGAACAUUCCUCUCCUUUGUUCUUGGGACUUGCGUAUGGUUUUGCAAUAGCUUGCCUGUUCCAAAUUGCAAUUCUCUGCUAUUCCUGAAUAAACCUAUU